UCAUUUCCUGCUUCCAUUAUUAAAGAUGGCGGUGUCCAAGAAAAAGCAUGCUAGCCAGCCGUGUGUUAUUCCAGGAGGAUUUACUGUGCUGGAUUUAAAAUGUACUAAGAAUAGUCCAGCGGCACACCAGCUGUUCGUGAAAGAACAUAAGGUCCGGUUAGAAAAAACGGCGAGCAGACCCUUGGACAGGACACUGUUUGUGCUCAACAUUCCACCUUACUGCACAGAGGAUGUCAUAAGUCGGCUUUUCUCCCAGUUUGGGCCGAUUCAGUCUGUAGAGUUGAAAGAUAAACCAGGCAACCCUGAACCCACAGAGCAAAAACUUUCAAAAUAUUUCACCCUGACACAAAAACAGGGAUUUUCAGUGGGGUACAUAGUUUACUCAAAACCAUCAGGUGUAUCAGCUGCCAAAGCCCACCCUCAAAAUGUGCCUUUAAUUGUCUCCACUGAGAAUCAUCCAGUAAAAACAGGUCUACAGAAAUGGAUACAUCAAUACAGCCAGUCAUUUGUGCAGCCAGACACACUUCAACAGGCAGUUGAUUCCUUUAUGAAUGACUAUGACCGGAGGAAAGAGGAGGAAGCAGAGAGAAAGAAGAAGGAGGCAGAACAACAGGAGGAGGAUGAGGAGGGAUGGGUUAAAGUAACCAAAGGUGCAAAGGGUGCUAAGGCCCGACCUCACAGUGAGGUAGCUGACAAGAGGGCGCUGCAGAAGGAAGGCAAGAAGACGAAACGAAAGGAGCUGUUAAACUUCUACAGUUGGCAGCACAGACAGUCCCAGAGAGACCAUAUUGCUGAGCUUCGAAAGAAGUUUGAAGAGGACAAGCAAAAGAUUGCUUUGCUGAGAGCCCAAAGAAAAUUCAGGCCAUACUGACUCUUAUAUUCAUUCUUAAUACAUUGUUUUCAAGAUUUCAUUAUAUUUGGUUUAUUUUUUAAAGUUGUUAGGCAAACACUUUUUUAUAUUUUUUUCUCUCCAUUACUUAUUUACGAAUUUUUCAGACAAUGACACCAAUGGUCUUCAAUACUACUUGUAAAGUCUUGUUUGUAUAGCAUAUCUUUAUCAUGAAAAAAAUCUGUCAAUGCUAUGUUCUGGAAUGUGCUCAUCUGUGUAUAUAAUUAUACAUUAUUAACAUGGGUUAUUACUUUCAAUACAGAUGACAACAUGAA